AUCUGUAGAAACUUUUGAGAAACUUUGUCCAUGUGGAAAAUGUGAUCGUUUCCUCCAAAAGAUGGCUAAAAAUGAUACGUGUUGCGAACAGUUCAUGAAUUUUGGAGGUAAAGAUGAGAAAACCAAACUGUUAAGGAUGCUGGAGUUGUAUAGUGGUAUUGGUGGGAUGCAUUUUGCAUUACAGAAAGCCUGUAUACCACAUGCCAUCAUUGGAGCCUAUGAUAUCAAUACAGUUGCUAAUGAUAUAUACAAAUUUAACUUUCCACAUUCAAAUCACUGCCAGAGGAACAUUCAUUCUUUAACUGUUCAGGAAUUAGAUGAUAUGAAAGCUGAUUUAUUAACUAUGAGCCCACCUUGCCAGCCUUUCACAAGAGUAGGACUAAAACAAGACUGUCUAGAUAAUAGAACAUCAUCCUUCUUGCAUAUAAUUCAGUUAAUGAAACAUGUACAACAUGGACCUACUUACAUACUUUUGGAGAAUGUUAAAGGUUUCGAGACAUCCGAGGCACGGAGGAUGCUUCUGGAAGUGUUAAAUGAGUGCGGAUAUGUUUUCCAAGAAUUCCUUCUCAGUCCAGUCCAGUUUGGAAUACCUAAUUCUAGGCUGAGGUAUUAUCUACUGGCCAAGAAAUCACCGUUCCAGUUUUGUUUUAAGCCGUCAGAUGAUAUUUUUCGAGAAUUCGUCGAUGUGCCAUCUUCUUUGGAUGAUAAAAAGUGCGACAUCUUGCAGAAUUACUUAGAGUGCGACAGGUGCACAGAUCCCUAUCUGAUAAGUGAUCGUAUCCUUUUGAAAUAUGCUAUGGUGUUUGAUAUUGUCGAUGCUAGUUCUUCUAAUUGUUGUUGCUUUACGAAAGCUUACGGGCAUUAUUUUCAAGGUACGGGUUCCAUUUUAAGACAAAACUGUGAUGUAAGUAUGUCAGAAAUCUUUCAGAAAACAUUAGACAAAAACUUAGAAGAAACCGAAAAGCUUGAAUUACUUAAGAAGCUUAGACUGAGAUAUUUUACACCUACAGAAGUUGCAAAUUUAAUGUGCUUUCCCCAACAUUUUAAAUUUCCAUUAACAGUAACUAGGAAACAACAGUAUAGAGUAUUAGGAAACAGUGUUAAUGUCGGAGUCAUUAGCGAAUUAUUGAAAUUACUGUUAAAUAACGAGUCUUAUGUUGAGUCUUGAAAAUAAAUAUAAUUAUUUUAGUUUCUAA